CAUUGAAAAAGAAAGAUGAUCACUCCUGUAAAUGCUGCAUAAAAAAAUUUUAAUGAAAAGACACUGAAUUUGGAGAUUAUGUCCCCGGUCACAACCCAUUUUUUUUAGAUAGUUUUUUUCUUGUUUCUUUUUUAUGCUUUUUAUUUGCCUUUUAUUAAUUUUUCAAUGGGCUAGAAUUUGUCAAAACUUGCCCUACUAACCAGCGCUCCAUCAGCAGCCUCCACCGUGGGACCCAAGAGCAAUUUCCCUACACCCGGAUCCACCCAAUCAAAACCUCCGCCGCUCCCAACUACGGAAGAAAAUUCAAAAACAUUCCCUCAACGACGAAAGUGCCCUCAACCUGUUCCCAAAUUUCCCACUCACAGAAAAGAAACGCUCCCCUCUUCUCUUCUUUGCUAUUGGCCGCCUUUCCUUCUCAUCAUUUCUCUUUCUCUCUCUAAAAAUCUUAACGGCCGACGUCUUCCGUCACCGUUAAAUCCAGAAUUCCAAUCGUUCUUUAACGUUGGCCAUUAACGCCGUUGACUCCACUCUCUGUCUGUCCAUAGCUUUCACUUUCUUCACUUUGUCUGGAUAAUUCUGUUUAAGUACCUUAAAUUUCGGGGAAUUUUUUAUUUUUUAUUUUCGAAUUUUGAAAAUUUUGUACUUUCUUGGGAAACACAGUAUCUCUCCUUUAAUGGUGAGUAAUGAAAUGCAAAGAUUUAAUCUUUUCUUCUUUUGAAGUUUUCUAAGUAAAGAUUAAUUUUUUGCGUUAAAUUCUUGAUUUUAUUUUCUGGGUUUUAUUUUAAAUUUUUUAAUUUUUGGGUUUUCCUUAAUUUUUUUGACCGUUUGAAGAGGGAAGCUGAGUUCGGAAAUUUUGGUUCUCUGAGGCCUCAUUCUUUUAUAAAAGCAUUGGGAUUCAUUCCAGAAAUUUUCAUGAGCUUUAGCUAGCAGUUCUUGUUGAUGAUAUAUAGAGAUGAAGAAACUGUUUUUCUUCAAAUCUUCCUCUAACAGUGGUAAUAGCAAUGCUGUUCCUUCACCUUCAGCAGAUAAGCAAGUUUACCGGGAAAACACAUUGGAUGAUGGGUUAGAUGAUCAACAUGGUGACAAGGCUGAAUUCAGUUUUCACAGUCCUAAACAUUUGUUUGGAAAAUCUCGAAAGCAAAUAUAUGAUAGCCCAAACUUUAGUAACACUUCAUGUCUUCAAAGGAGUCGUUCUUUGUCAUCGGCAGCAUUUCUUGUUGAUGGGCUAGGACAACAAAAUUUUUCUUCCUCAAAUGAUCAAAAUAGGUCUCCUAAUAUUACUCCACAUCAGCAAUAUGAUCACUCAGCUCGGCGGAGGGCUCUUACUCCUGAGAAGAAAUCUAAGGCUAAACAAUGUGAAGGGGCAGCAAUUGGUUUCGAAAGGCCCCAUUCUUCUGGUUCUUCAAGGAUGCACCAUGAUUCAUCUGGAAGCUCUUCCUCUUGCUCUAGCAAUGUGUCAAGUAAAGUUAUAGACCGCUAUAUUGAUGGAGAACAGCAGCUGGAGAUUAACAAGUCCAAGAACAGUUCAAAAAGAUAUAAUCUUGGAAAUGGUCGUGGGAGGCUUGCUCCACAAGUUCAAUGUACAGCCCCUUCAUCUCCAACAGAUAGUGCCAAAGAGAAAAACAAGUCUCAUUCAUUUAGUGAAGCAAAAGGCACGCAUCUUCAUUUCUCAUCUAGAGACUGGGUGGAAAAUGGAUUUGGGCAUGAGUCACCAAGGAUGAUUGCAAAGAAUGUGAUUGAGAGGCUUUCGCAGAUUCAUGUUAUCCCAAGAUCAAGUUCAAAGGAAUUUGACUGUCAUAUUCCAAUCACAACAGAAGAUGUUUAUGGUGGAUACUUAAAUAAAUGCCCUGAUUCCAAAUUGGAUAUGUUGGCCCAAAAAAGUUAUGUAACAGAUGAACCUUAUGAAAAUGUUAUUAGGUAUCAUGAGAAUUUCUCAGGCUUGGAGGAGCCAUAUUGUUUCUUUGGGAGAAGCUGUGAUGGUUUGAACUCUUCUGAAACAGAAGAGAAUGUAGAUGUGGAAUUACAAAGAAGAUCUAAAGAAGCUGAGGAGAGAGUCUUGCUUCUUUCUGAAGCUCUUGAGCAGGAAAAAUUUCUUCAUGACAAUGGGUUCGAUAUUUCGUCACUCAUUCAGACCAUUAGGCACCUAACAGAAGAGAAAAUAAACCUGGCACUUGAGGUUUCAGAUCUUCUGCAGUCUAGAAUUGCUGAGAGAGCUUGUGCUGCGGAAGAACUGAGAAUGGCAAGGGCAGAAUUGGAGUCACAGACAAAAAAAUUAGAGAAGGAAAAGCAUGAGAUAGAGUUGGGAUUGGAAAAGGAGUUAGAUAGAAGGUCAAGUGAUUGGUCGCUUAAGCUUGAGAAGUAUCAGUUAGAAGAGCAAAGGCUUCGUGAACGAGUUAGAGAGCUAGCAGAGCAAAACGUUUCACUCCAGAGAGAGGUCGCUUCCUUCAAUGAGAAGGAAACGGAAAACAGAAACAUUAUGAUGUAUUCAGCAGAACAACUUAAAGAGUUGACUAGAACGGUGGAAAGGUUGAAUGAUGAGCAUCAAGACCUAAGGCAAAAUCUCUCUCAAUCAGAAGAGAAGUAUAGAGCAGCAAUAGGAGAUCUAGAUUGCAUUAGAAGAAAUUUUGGAGAGAAAGAGAAGGAGUGCAAAGAGUUGCAAAAGUCCAUUACCAGAUUAUUGCGAACCUGCAGUGAGCAAAAGAAAACAAUUGAAGGGUUGCGAGAAGGAUAUAAUGAGGAGAUAGAGAAGAAGCAGUCCAUGGAAAAGAAUGAAAAGCAGGUAAAAAAAUUGCAAAUGGAGCAAAUGAGGUUGACUGGAGUGGAAUUGGCAUUAAGAAGGGAAGUGGAGUCUUUUAGACUCGAAGUUGAUUCUCUUCGACAUGAUAAUAUUGAUUUAUCGAAUCGCAUAAAAGGUAAUGGAAAAGACAUCGGAGCUUUAACCUUCAAGCUAGACAAGGAAUUGUGGAAUCGUGUAUGCUGUUUGCAGAAUCAAGGACUCUCUAUGCUUAAUGAGUGCACCCACUUGUCUUCCAAGUUAAUUGAGUUCAUCAAAGGAAGAGCCAGUCAGCUUCAAGAAACUCAGCAAGGUCUAGAUGGUCAAUUUAUUAUUGAAUCUGAUAUGAAAGUACUAGGCUUUAAACGUGGAAUUGAAAGUCUUACAAGGAGUUUGCGGACAAUAUCCACUUUGCUGCAUGAGAAAUCCGGUUCAGUUGCCUCAAACUCUCACUCAGUAUGCAUGGAUCCUGAUGGGUCAACGAAACUCAACAAUCAAUCUUCAGAGGAGAUUAUAAGAGCUGAGCUUAAAGCAGAAACGUUGCUGACAAGUUUGUUGAGGGAAAAGCUAUACUCAAAAGAGCUUGAAGUAGAACAGUUGCAAGCUGAGUUGGCAGCAGCUGUGAGAGGUAAUGACAUCCUUAGAUGUGAAGCACAAAUUGCAAUGGACAACAUUUCCUGCCUCACCCACAGAUUGAAGGAUCUUGAACUGCAGACACUUAAGAAAGACGAGAAAAUAAGCUGCCAUCAGAAUGACUUACAAGAAUCAAUGAAGGAACUAACCAUCUUGAGAGGGAUCCUGCCUAAGGUUUCCCAAGAGAGAGAUUUGAUGUGGGAAGAGGUGAAGCAUUAUAGUGAGAAGAACAUGCUUUUAAACUCGGAGGUUAAUAUAUUAAAAAGGAAGAUAGAAGCUCUGGAUGAGGAUAUACUUUUAAAGGAAGGCCAAAUUACUAUCUUGAAAGACACCAUAAGCAACAACAAAACUUUUGACCUUCUUGGCAGUCCUGAUUCUACGCAAGAAUUCCUGCUUAAAUGAUUGGCAGAGAGGCUGGUUUUGGUUUAUAGGUGGAUAAUCACACUGUUCAUAGUCUUAUACUUUUGAAUUUGUUUUCUAGAGGUUGCUUUUUUCUUUUUCUUUUCUUUUGUUCUUUUCUCUUUUUUGAAGUUUUGGGUGAGCAAGAGGUGAAAAAGGGACACACUUGAUUAUUUUGUUAUAGAUUAAAAGUCUUACCAAUCGUAUGUGGUUGGUUUUCAUCUCACAAAACCAGAAGAAAUUUAUCACUCUGUGUAAAUGCAAAUGUAGAUACAAUUUCGAUUCAGGCAAAAAAAAAAAUUUGUUACUGUCAGUUUCCUAGUGUUUCAACAUGAAUAUGGAACUAUAUACCAUUGCAGACAAAAAUUUAUCAAUGAUUCAAAAUAACAUUGAAGAUGAAAGCAUUAAUUAUCAAAGCUGAAAAAAAUGAAGGCAUAAUCUUGGGCCAACCGGACCCAAAAAAGGAAGGCUUCUCCAGCCUCCGUGCAUUCAGACAUAGAUUGUGUUCAUAUUUCAUCAAUCAAAGAAUUCUGUACAAGAGAUUGAUGCAAUAAGGUCUUCCAGAUUAAAGCUGGGAUUUCAUUUUCUUGAUUACAUUCUUGAUGCCCUUUGUCUUAUAUGACAAUUUGGCAAACACUGCUUUAAUUGAAUCCACUAUAAUUUGAGCAUUGUCUGUGAAUAUAUGAAAUUUUAGUGGUAAAAAAUUGUCUUGAGAAGCAAUAGAACAUA